CGAAGCUUCAGCAUCUGAAUUAAAAUCAAAGAGACUCUUCAUCCAUCUCCCUCUGAAACCCCCGUGACGAAGCAGAGGCUCCAUGUUAGUUUUCUCGAAGAAGGACAACAUGAAAACCAAAUUCAUCAACGGAGUCUCCUCGUCCCCCUCCAUGUCUCUGGAGCUGCUGGUGACGGAGAACGCUCUGCAGGUCCAGCCCGACGCCGAGGAGGACAGCAAGGACCCGGGCUGCAUGGACCUGCCCGACCCGGACACCCGGCACCGGGCCUACCUGUGGAGCCGGGAGUUCCUGCACGGAGCCUGGAAGAUUGUGGCCGAGGACGACUUCCAAAUGACCGUCAUAAGGGGUGGUCUGAGCAACAAGCUCUUCCUGUGCAGCCUCCCCGACAGCCUGGACACUGUCGGGGACGAGCCGCGGAGCAUCCUGCUGCGCCUCUAUGGGGCCAUCUUGCAGAUGUCCUGUAAUAAAGGGGACUCCCGACAGUCAAACAAAGAAAAUCAGUUCCAGGGUGCGGAGGCCAUGGUGCUCGAGAGCGUGAUGUUUGCGAUCUUGGCCGAGAGGGAGCUGGGCCCGAAGCUCUACGGGAUUUUCCCUCAGGGCCGACUGGAGCAGUACAUCCCAAGUCGUAAACUGGACACGUGUGAGUUAAGCGACCCCGGCAUCUCAGCGGAGGUUGCGGAGAAGAUGUCCAGGUUUCACGGGAUGAGGAUGCCCUUCAACAAGGAACCCAAGUGGCUGUUUGGAACCAUGGACAAGUACCUGAACCAAGUCAUGAGGUUGAAUUUCACCAGAGAGUCACAUCUGCGCCGCUUCAACCGCCUGCUCAGCUACAACCUGCCACAGGAAAUGGAUCUGCUCAAGUCUCUGCUGGACUCCACCCACUCUCCUGUGGUGUUCUGCCACAACGACUGUCAGGAAGGGAACAUCCUGCUGCUGAAGAAGCACCAGAACUCAGACCAACAGAAGCUGAUGCUCAUUGACUUUGAGUACAGCAGCUACAACUACAGGGGAUUUGAUAUCGGCAACCAUUUCUGUGAGUGGAUGUACGACUACACCUGUGACGAGUUUCCUUACUUCAGAGUCAACGCUCAGGCCUACCCCUCCAAGGCCCAGCAGCUGCACUUCAUUGAAAACUACCUGCGUGAGUCUGACAGCGGCUUCGAGCAGCUGAGCGAAGACGAGCAGACGAAGCUGAAGGAGGAGCUGUACGUGGAGGUGAACAGGUUCUCUCUGGCAUCCCACUUCUUUUGGGGCUUGUGGUCCAUCAUCCAGGCCCGACUCUCCACCAUCAAGUUCGGAUACCUGGAAUACGCCCAGGCCAGAUUUGACGCCUACUUCCAACAGAAGAAGAUCUGGGCUGUCUAACGAGCUGACGGGAUGUGUUGACGUUCAGCCACAUGGCAGCAGGAGGACGAACAGCCUGACAAAGAUUCCACCAUCCACACUUUACUCAACGCUCUCGGCCGAGAGGGGAUUUGCUGAUAGUGCUGGUGUCGUGCUUAUCAAAGCCCAACCUUGAUCGCGUGGCUCUGAUGCUUAAAGUACGUCCCAACAAUCCACCGCAGCUCAGUAAAAACUCCCCGAGAGCCAAAACACAAAAAAGAAAAAGAGAAAUCUUGACUCGUACUAACUCGCCGGUCAGAGCUGCUCUCUGCUUCUGCCUCGUUCCGAACACGUCACUAACACAAGGGAGGUGAGAAACAAGGUGGAUUUAGGUUCCUGCCUGUUACUGAGGCCCGCGGUGGACUGGUUGUCUGGUGGGAUCUCUUCUCCCUCGACAGUCAUGUCUUCACUUCUGUAUUUCACGCACUCAAACAGCUUGUUUGAGUUCCUUCUCGUUCAAACGGUUGUUUUGGGGGAUUUUCUUCAGGCUGGAGCUAAGUUUUCGUCGCAGCCGCUCGAACUCCACCAAAUCAUAAUCAAAGACGUGAAACUUCAGCCGUCCCCAUUUCCAUUAGGUGUAAUUCUGCGUGGCUUCCUCACUAGUACUGUUACACUGAUCGACUGUGACUCUCCUCCACCUGUUGUACUCGUACUAACAGGUAUCGUGUUGUAAUGGGUCGCUGUGACAGGUAGAUCACUCAUCUGUGAAUAUCGUACGCUGGGUUUUACUACAUGUUCAGCCAAAUGGCUACAAGACAUUCCAGUCAGCCAUGCUUUAUGAGCCGAGCACAUUUGUUUUUUUUACUUUUACUUUUAUAAAUUGGAACUGCAUUGAAGAAAACGUCACGCAGUUCACAUGACAGUGGUUCACUCAUUGUGGUUUCUAUGGUGAUGUCGUGGGAAAACGCUCACGUGACAAAUCGCACCCAAAAACGACAUUUCACGUUGUCAAAACUCGAAAAACUGGAGACGUGAGAGUGAAACCUGAUUAUUUCGUCCUGCUGCUUCUCAUCCAAACACCCUGAGAGCCGCUCAACCCUACCUCACCCCAUCGAGUCGUCACACGGCGAGUACGAGUUCCACCAUCGGCUGCCAACGCAGACUUCACCUCGAUUGAGACUUUGAACAGUUGAAAUUGAGUUUGUCUGUAUUGGCACUUCGCACAUUCGGUGAAUUUAACAGCAUUCCUCUUUUCUCAGUGACCACGAUUUAGCCUCUGGGCUCGUCACUUCAGUGGCAGCGCCCCCUGUUGGACCUGAUAAGAAGUGUGUUGAAUGACUAAACGUUUUUCUCAUGACAGAAAUCGGUUUUCUUCACGUUUCCCAAAUUGUUAACCGAUGACGAACCAUCACCGUAGGGCCGUGUCUGAAAAUUUCUCCUUGUUUACGAUAGAGUGCUGUACACUACUUUUACACUAGCAAUCCCACAAUGCAAUUCUCUGCAUUAUCACAGAUGCUAAAAUUUCUGUUUAUCUCUACACCUGUCGGUAGAAAUUCAAAAUAACAGCAAGACAAAAAUUUUACGCAAUCCAGCUGUCGGAAUCUUCGACAGCUUGAUAUUAUGUAAACUGUUGAUAAACACAAAUAUAGGAAGUGAUUUCGAACACAGCAAAACAUUUUAACUUUCCCCUCCCGUCUCAUGCACUUGUAGCCUGUCGAGCUUUCAAACAGCACAUGUAUCGCACGAAGAAAAUCUGAUCCUCCAAAUUCUUAUUAUUUUUCCAAAACAAUCGUCCCUUGAUUUCAGACAAAAUCUCAGUUCUUGCCCGCAACCAUUGAUUCUUCCAACAGUAACAACAAAUAUCACCGGUUGGUUUUAUUAGCGGAGGCCAGCAAGCUAAUUAAUCGAAAGCUCGCUCUACCAGCACCUGAUUUGUUAACAGCUCUAAUUCAAGAAGGAGCUUUAAAUAUGCACUUGAUUGAAACAUACGUGAUAGAAAGCAAUCCUGUAAUUUUGACAGGAGAUGGGUCACGUCCCCUCGCAAUAAAGAAAACAAAAUAAAACGGAAAAGUGCCGCACACCUUCCAGAGCAUUGCUAACUUUGUGGAUUUAGUCUUAAAAAGACCAAACCAACAAAGUUCUCUAAACUCUCUAAAUGUCUUGCUGUUACCAGAACCACGUAAAAAAAACGAGACGGAUCCAAAGUUUUAGCGGCCACGCCUAGCUACAGCUGCAAAGCUAUGUUCGGACAAUCUGUUUAGGAUCGGGGGUUCAGCUGAAGGCGACCCAAAGUCGUAAUCUUCAAAUCAGAUUAUUUCCCAAAUACCUGCUCAGAAAAUGGGUUUUAAGAAAAUCAUGUUAAAAUGUCGUAGGAGGAUAAACGGAAAAAAUAAUGCAUCUGACAAACUGUGCUGCUACAUGUGAAAACUGUUCUACUGCCGCAGAGGCUGCACGUCCAUGUUCAUUCCAGUGGAGCUGUAGCAGAUUCACACACGUUCCCAGUUUGCCCGUGGGAUUGAGGGAACUGAGCCGGGUCAUGACACUAAAAUGAUCACGUCACCAAUCAUCUACUGGAAAAACCCAGAAUGUUUGAAUGUCUACUGUGGCACUUUCAAUCUGAGGACGACAAAAUGUAAAAAAAAAAAAUAUAUAUAUGUAUAAACUAAUACUGUACUUGAGUAUUUUCAUGUUUAAACAUCUUGGGGUUGUUGAACUGUGACUUUUAAUUUGAUGAGAUGUUAUUUUACAUACAAAUGUGUUUUAUUGUAUAUUCAUCUUUAUAUUUCUUUUGGAAUGUGGUUAAUGUAUAUUUUCAUCGUUAUCUUUAAUUCAAAUUGUUGUUGGUACGUCUGUACUGAAGCAAUAGUCUUUACUUUAAUAUAUUCAGUGGCUGUUUCUUUACUAAACCCUGAAUUUGUAUUUUUUCUUAUUCAGAAGUUUAUUUUGAAAUGAAAAGUAUUUGCCCUGAACUUUAUGCUAGAGACAGUUUCCAUCUGAAUAUUGAUCACCAGGAUUUGAAGUUAUUAUACCUUCCAUACUUUGCUUGCACUUAGGACCAAACAACUAAAAUAUUCAUCGAAUUGGUUUUGAUGAGAUUUUUAGUCGAGAGCAAACGUGUUUAAAUUGGUUUGAACUUGUGUUUAGGAUUCACCAAGAAUAAAAUUAGGGUAAAAAUAUUAACCAAAUAUUAAGAAACACAAACUUGCACCAUAUCUGUCUUCAGAAUGUACAUUGUUCUAAUGUAAUUAACUUGUUUUUUGUUAAAACACAUUUGCUCUGUGUCGGUAGCCUUAAUUACAUCAUCACAGGACUCACAGUGAAAACCUUUGCGAUCUAUGCAGCUGUACUGAAUGCAUACUGUACAAAAACAUUGAAUGUGUUUCAGGUUAAUCACAUAGAAAUGAUCUCGGCUGUAAAUUUUACUUUCUUGCUUUGCACAAAUAAAAACUGAAGAAGAAA